AGAAAAUCUUCUAAUAUAGGUGCAAAAAUUUCUGGAAUUCACGUAUUUGGCUUUAAUGCUAUGGAUGUACAACAAGAACGUGAAAGAAAACAAAGACAACCAUGUUUUCUAAAAUCAUUUAAUACUUUAACUAUUGACCAAGGUUUGAUAUCACAAAAUGCUUACCGUAAAUUAGCUACAAUUCAAUCUGAAUUGCCACGAGAAUACAAUGUUUUAAAUACCAAAAAAAGAAUUAAUAAAGAAAUGAAUAUUAAAAUACCUAUUUUUACUUUAAAUAUUGAUGAUGUUGAUAUGUCUCUUACAACAAAUGAACCAUCUAAUGAUAAUAUAG